AUGUGUUUAUACUCACGUGAAAUAAGUGUACGAACAAUUUCACAGGUACGAACAACCGUAACCGAAACAGUUCCCGGUACAACGACAGUAACCACAUCGAUGUCAACCAGAACAAACACCGUUACAGUUACGACUACUUCUGGAACUAGCACCACCACUAUUGCUACUUCAAACAAUCCAUUUAGUUCAAUCAUUAAUAUACCUGCAGCUGUUAAACCAACUGCUAUCGCCAAAGAAGCUAACUCAGCAAACAUGAAUAUCGGCAUUAAAACCGUGCAUUAUUCAUUUAAUGGUAUAAUGGGCAUCAUCGCUGCGUUCAAUAUCAUAUUGGCAGGAAUUACUCUUGCUGCGUAA